UUACCCAAAAACUUAUUAUGACUCUGAAGAACCCUUAACGGGUGAGAUUAUCCAAAAUUUCUAAAUCGCCCAAAACCCUAAACUCGUUCUUCUCCAUUUCGCCGUUUCCUUCUCCAUUUCUUCUGCAACCCUAGAAUCAAUGGCGCUACUCUCUCGAAUCCGCUCAUCGGCCUCUCUCCUCCGCCACCUCAACCCCUCCCCUCAAAUCCGCUCUCUCUCCUCCGCGUCAUCGAUCCUCUCACCCGAUUCCAAAACCCCACUCACCAGCAAACAAAAGAGCAAAACCGCUCUCACUCUUCUCAAAACCGAGAGAGAUCCAGACCGCAUCCUCGAGAUCUGCCGCGCCGCUUCCCUCACUCCCGAUUGCCACAUUGAUCGACUCGCGUUCUCCGCCGCCGUCCAAAACCUAACGGAGAACAAACACUUCUCCGCCGUGACGAAUCUCCUCGACGGAUUGCUCGAGAAUCGCCCCGAUCUCAAAACGGAGCGUUUCGCUGCUCACGCGAUCGUUCUCUACGCUCAGGCGAACAUGCUUGACCACUCUCUACGCGUCUUCAGCGAUCUCGAGAAGCUCGAGAUCCAACGCACGGUGAAAUCUCUAAACGCUCUUCUCUUUGCUUGCUUGGUAGCUAAAGAUUACAAGGAAGCCAAACGUGUUUACAUUGAGAUCCCUAAGAUGUACAAAAUCGAACCCGAUCUCGAAACUUACGACCGUAUGAUCAAAGUGUUCUGUGAGUCCGGUUCCGCGAGCUCCUCUUACUCCAUCGUUGCGGAGAUGGAGAGGAAAGGGGUGAAGCCCACGAGUUCCACCUUUGGUUUAAUGAUUGCUGGCUUCUACAGAGAGGAUAAGAAGGAAGAUGUAGGGAAAGUGUUGGCUAUGAUGAAAGAGCGCGGCGUUAGCAUCGGUGUUUCGACUCAUAACAUUCGGAUCCAGAGUUUGUGUAAGAGGAAGAGAUCUGGAGAAGCAAAGGCUUUGCUUGAUGGGAUGUUGUCUUCAGGGAUGAAGCCCAAUGCUGUCACGUAUGGUCAUUUGAUUCAUGGGUUUUGUAAUGAAGGUGAGUUUGACGAGGCGAAGAAGCUGUUUAAGGCUAUGGUGAACAGAGGAUGUAAACCUGAUAGUGAGUGUUACUUCACUUUGGUGUAUUACUUGUGUAAAGGCGGAGAUUUCGAGGCGGCUUUGAGUCUUUGUAAGGAGAGUAUGGAGAAGAAUUGGGUUCCGAGUUUCAGUAUCAUGAAGUCGCUUGUUAACGGACUAGCGAAGGAUUCGAAAGUCGAAGAAGCAAAAGAGCUCAUUGCGCAAGUUAAAGAGAAGUUCACUAGAAACGUCGAGUUGUGGAAUGAAGUUGAAGCAGCAUUGCCUCAGUGAAUGAAAGAUAGGUAAGGCCUUCACCGAUUCCCAGAUCGGUACUUUCAAAUUUACAUUCUAUUUCUCUUUUUACAGGUGUCUGAAUAUCUUUACUUGUCAGCAUGAAAUAAGAGAUAAGUGUUAUCUUUUGAGCAUUGAUCUUGGCAGAUAUAGACAACUCUGUAUUUUUCUGGCUCAUGCUUGUUUCUUCAGACAGAAUCAUGAAAUUGGUCAUAGGUUUCUCU